AUGAAAACAACGAAUAAAUUACCCCCCAGAAAUACAGGUACCCAAUUAAAUUAUGCGAAUCAAAAUCUAUCGAUUUUUUAGAAUCAAAAACCAAUUAACUUAAGAAGGUAUACAACUGGAGCAGAAGAAAUGAGAAGACAUCAAAAUAGUUAUGGUUCCUAAAAAAGAAAUGAAUCAAAUGAAAUCCAAAAGUAAACAAAAGGUAAGUGUUAACAUAAUACAGCUGAUAAAUAAUUUACAGAGAAUGGAAGACAAUAACAUGUAUCAAGUUUGUCGGAUAGUCAAUCAUAACAACCUCCUUUGGUAAUGAUAAAAUGUCAAGCAAAACCAUAAUUCGAGAAUUUUAAGAAUCACGCAAAUGCUAAAAACCACAAUUUUAUCACCCAAUAACAAAGAAAUGAGAAACCUCAUUCAUUUAAACAAAUUGCUUAAGUGAAUAGUAAACACCUCUCAAAUUGUAAUGAACUUAUUAAAUUUUAAGUGUAUUAUGUUGGGGAUUUGUAGAAUGCCAUUUUAAACUAAAAUGCAAAGAAUUCAGAAAUGUUUAGGGAACAUAUUGUUGUUUCCUUCACUUAUAUUCCAUUGAUUCAGAAAUCAGAAAUUGAUAUUCAGUAAAUAGAAGAUAAAAAAUUAAAUAUUCCUUUAGCAAGAAAUAAGAAAUACAAUAAAACAAUCAUUUUUGAUAUGGAUGAAACAUUGAUGCAUUGUAAUGAGGAUGAAAAUGACAAAUGCCAAUUCAAAAUUCCAAUAGAAUUUGAGGAUGGAGAGAGAAUAGUAGCAGGGAUUAACAUCAGAAACUUCGCAAAAGAGAUUAUCUAAAAGUUAAGUGAUGUUUGUGAAGUCAUGGUCUUUACUGCCUCUCAGGAUAUUUAUGCUAACCAAGUUAUAAAUAUUCUAGACCCACAUAACAAUCUAGGCAAAAGGAUCUUUAGGGAUAAUUGCAUAUCUUUGGAUGAUAACCAUUUGAUCAAACAUCUUGGAAUUUUGAAUAGAGAUUUGAGGAAUGUGGUCAUAAUUGACAAUUCUUCUUGCAGCUUUGCACACCAUUUAGAAAAUGGGAUUCCGAUCAUUUCAUUUUACAAUGAUGAAAAGGACAAUUAAUUAAUUAAGUUGUAUCGAUACUUGUGUUAAUACAUAUUACCAGCUGAAGAUGUAAGGCCAAUCAUUUUAGCGCACUUCAAAUAAGAUAAACUUAUCUAAUAUGAGACUGUUGAGGAAGCAGUUAAAUAAUUGUAUUUUUGA